AUGGUCCUGUCGCUGAUACUCCAGCUGUCAACUCUCUGUGAGCUGUCCCUCCCCUGGUCUGUGUGUCGCGCUGACUUCACAUCAACAGCGCCCCUAGCCUCACACCCCCAACCAUGGCUGGGAGCUCAUCCUGCUGCAAUUGUGACUCCGGGGAUCAACGUGACCUUGAGCUGCCGGACACCCGAACCUGCCUGGCGGUUCGCACUCUUCAAACGUGGCCUUGUCGCCCCUCUGCUCCUCCGGGAUGUGUCCACCGAGCUGGCGGAGUUCUUCCUGGAAGAGGUGACUCCGGCCCAGGGGGGCAGUUAUCACUGUCGCUACCGAAAGACAGACUGGGGGCCAGGUGUCUGGUCUCAGCCCAGUAAUGUUCUGGAACUGCUGGUAACAGAUCAGCUACCCAGACCAUCCCUGGUGGCACUGCCUGGGCCUGUGUUGGCCCCGGGAGCCAAUGUAAGCCUCCGCUGCGCAGGCCGCAUACCGGGCAUGAGUUUCGCUCUCUACCGCGUAGGCGUGGCAACCCCUCUGCAGUAUAUUGACUCCGUGCAGCCCUGGGCCGACUUCCUUCUGAUCGGCACACAGGCACCCGGCACCUACUGUUGCUAUUACCACACGCCUUCUGCCCCCUAUGUGCUCUCCCAGCGCAGCCAGCCACUGCUCAUCAGUUAUGAAGGUUCUGGCUCCUCAGACUAUACCCGGGGAAAUCUCAUCCGUUUGGGGCUGGCGGGAAUGGUUCUCAUUGGCUUGGGCAGCAUACUUACUGUUGAUUGGCACAGCAGGAGCUCUGCCUUUGGAGGUCCCCUGCCCCAGCAAAGCUGCGUGUAGGUUCAUGGGGUGGGAAGAGACGGCCUGGAGAUGGACAGAGAAGCUGCGAUCCUUGGUGACCAGGUCCUCCGGAAUCCAUUCUUCAGCCACGCUAUUAGGCUUGUCGAAGGAUUAAAGGGAGUGACUGGCCUGGGGUGAAUGAUGUUCAGUUAAUGUUGGCGACUUUACCCUC